AUGAGUUUGUUCACUAUGACUGGCAAAACAGCCUUGGUCACCGGUGGCAGUCGCGGGAUCGGCCAGGCUAUGGCCGUCGGGCUCGCCGAGGCUGGAGCAGACAUCGUCCUCGUCCAGCGAGACCAGACACAAACAGCAACCAAGGACGCCAUCGAGGCUCUCGGUCGCCGCUGUGCCAUCACCGUCGCCGACCUCAGCGACCGCGAAUCGGUCAAGGGUGUGAUAUCGAGCGUCACGGCAUCGCAGCGCGUCGAUAUCCUCGUUAACGUGGCGGGGAUCAUGCGCCGCCACGAUGCUCAGGACUAUCCGGAUCAUGACCUUGACGAGGUUAUGGAGGUCAACUUCAACUGCACUUUUCUGCUCUGUCGCGAUAUCGGCAAGUACUGGAUCGAAAACAAGAUUCCUGGCCGCAUGAUUAACACGGCGAGCCUGGCGACAUUCCAGGGGGGUGUCCGCAUGGCGGCGUACUCGGCCAGCAAGGGGGCCGUCGGACAGCUCACAAAGGCCCUGAGCAACGAGUGGGCUGCUCAUGGGAUCCGCGUCAAUGCGAUUGCACCCGGAUCGAGUCCUGACCAGACAUACUAUAAUUCGAUAACCACGCGCAUUCCUAUGGGCAAAUGGGGCUCCCCAGAUGAAUUCAAAGGGCCUGUAGUCUUUCUCGCAUCGGAUGCGAGCUCCUAUAUAACUGGCCAGAUCAUCGUGGUGAGUUCUCGUGAGGUUUAUCUCGACCUUUCUGCGAGUCCGCGUCUUACCGCUAAACAGGUCGAUGGUGGUUGGAUGGCUCGAUGA